CUGAAGCGCACUGCGCGGCUGAAGUUGAAGGCUACUGCAGUUAGUACGGCCCAAGGAUAGAACAAAACAAGCCUAUUCUGAAAACGGAACACUAAAAUGCAUCAAUAAAACGGAUUCUCUUGAAGACACCCAACUCUCAAGUUUGAACUGGUUUCAUUUUGACAUUUUGAACUAAUAUUUGGGCACUGUGCGAAAGCCAAGCACAUCGGAACAUAAUGCACUGUCAAGCCGAGUUGAGACUCUCCUCCCCUGGGCAGCAGAAAGCAGCCAGGCGUCGCUACAAGACUUUUAUGAUUGACGAAAUUCUUUCCAAGGAAACUUGUGAUUACUUCGAGAAACUUUCUCUUUACUCAGUAUGCCCUUCACUCAUCGUUAGGCCUAAACCUCUGCACUCAUGUUCGGGUAAGUGAAUAUGCUUGAACUCUCAGUCAAAUCAAGGGAUGCUGAUGAUUGCAUAAUGGUGUUAAUGGUUUAUAUAUAAUAUUGCUAUGCAUGCAGUGAAUGCUAAUCAUCAUUGUAUUAAAACUACAUUGGAUUUUGUUUUUUCAUGUACAAAGUGAGAUAUUAGGCAUAUUCUUCUUAUUCUUCUGUAACGUUCAGGCGGUCAUCCGUCAUGGGUCUACUCAUAUCACGAAAUACAUAAGGCUAAUGGUUAUAUUAGGAGUAUUGACAAAGUAUCUUACAUUCAAUUGUCAGUAGAGACCAUAACAUGGCGCAACACACCUGUGCAGAAUCUAUUACAUGUCAAUUAACAGCUUGAGAGAAAUUGAGCUGCAUUUGCAUUACUUUAUGUUCGAUAAAUCUACUCUAAUAUAAAAAAAUAAGGAACAGGGACAGGUCCAGAAUCACAUUAGAAGUCAUGAUUGUCAAUUAAUGUUGAAGUUUACCAAUGCGAGACGCGCACUAUAGAAAUGGACCAUAUGUAAAAUUAAUUCAGGUGACUGUCCUCACUUGCACUUUUUCUCAUGGUGCGCCUUUAUAUUCGUGUUAGGCCUGCUAUCUAUAUUUAUCAAAGGUCUAUAUUACUAUUGUGAUAGCCUGCUAUUUACAGGGAUUUGUCAUGUAACUUUAACCCGUGAAAUAAUGAAAUCAAGAACACCAAAUAAAUGCAACAGGUACAGUAGAUGUAAUGUAGACCCCCAAAGUGUUGUAGUAACCUAUUUGUUAGACUUGAUCGUUUUAAUUUCAUUUUACAACAGCAGAAAUGAUUUAACCCUUUUCCAACCCAAAACAUUAUUUCACAGUUUAACUGUCAUUUCCAUGUUAUUUCAUUCACAAAUAAAACAUAAUGCACUGGGGCCUAUAAAAGUUAUUUAACAAUUCCACAAUAUACUGUCUCACAAGCAAUCAGCAAAUCCCUCCAAUCAGUCUAGAUUAUUAGUCUAAUAUAUUACUCUGAGAUUCAGAUAAUUUUCAGUCUCAGUCUUUUAUGUUCAUGUUAAAGAUACAGGAUGAACCAAGCCCCAGUUUUGUGAUCAAUGCGGUUUGUAUAGUGAAACGUGAUUCCCCGUUAAUUAUGUUGACACUGUCAACUUGACAUAUUCUCUUCUGACAAAAGACAUGAACUCAGAACACACAACAACCAACCCUGCACUUAGUUGAAACAGCAGGGUUUUGGUUUCUAGAGCCGUAACCACUAGGCCACUUGUCCUCAUUCAGGAUUAAUGUUGGCGUUGUGCUAAACCCAGAGCCUUGCCUAAUUACUUUUACUGCUGCUACUUUGCAUUUACUGAAGCAUGGGCAAUGCCCUCUACCCAACUCUCUUUCUGGGUGUAUGUGGGUGCAGGAUGUGGCCAGAGUUCCACGGUUUGAUAUUGAUGAGGUCAGGUACAUAGUGGUUAAGGGCAAGGUUAGUAUGUCAUCAUUGAUGGACAUGUGUCUGCCUGACACUACAGUUGAUUGUGCAAACACCAUGAACGGUUACAGUAUGGUGAUGAAGUGUGUAAGUCAGCCCCAAUGACCUUUAUUCAUAGACGUAUGUUGCUUUGUGAAGAGAGAUUCAUUGCAAUUGUCAUCUCAUGAAUUGCAGCACAACUCAUCAAUUCAUGGGUUACGUGCACUUGAUCCAACUGUUUCAGUGAGGAAGACUAACUUCAUUCUUCAUUCAGUAUCCCGAAGGGCCAAUCAAAACAAAUAAUUAUUGCAUAAAAUAAUGAUUGCAUGUUCUUCCUUAAUCAAUACAAACAGAUUUGAAAAAGCAACAAAACAAAACAUUGCCACAAAGUGUGAAGACACAGAUAAUGCUUUGUUCACAAAUCAUCUAGCGGCACUUGAUUUCUUUAAAUCAUCAACAUCAACUCCUUUUUCUUCCCACUUAUCAUGGCUUACUAACUGUGAUUUCCACACAAUUACUGUUGUUCUGCAGUCAGUCAUAAAAGCUUCCACCUCUGUAUUAUGAUUAUACAGGAAAGAGACAAAUUAAUUUCCCUAAAAACCAUUUGGCAUGAAAGACUAUCACAUUUCUGUCCUUCAAAUGCAGCAGCAUUUCUAAAACCAUUCUUAAUGCAUUAUCCUAUUGUUAUGAGUCAACACAACAUUGACUACUGCUCUCUCAAGUCAUCAUUAUGAUAAUUGCCUAAACUAUGAAAUAAUAGCCGCUGCAAUUUGAUGAUGACAGCGACAAAGGUAUAAAUAGCAUGCGAUGUGGGGUUUGGGGGUGUGCUAGAGGGCACUGUAAAGGGUUUGGCAACCCCGUGAUGGAUGGAUAGAGUAACCAGCCCACAUCUCACUACCCAGUGCCCAUUACUUAUUCGUAGCUGAGGGGGUGUGAGACACAGUAUAGUCCCGCACUUCAAUGGCUUGUAACGCUCAAUAUAGAAGCUGGCAGGCUUAUAGGCCCAGAGCUAGUGAAAGGCCAUUGGCCCGAUGUGGUCCCCAUCAGUGAAAGUGGAGUCUAUAUUUUUCCAGUGUGGAGUUUCUGCUCCAGCAGUUACCAGUAGAGGCUGCUAUAGGACAGUGGUGCCGGGCAGGCAACAAACCAGGCUGUGAGGCCUGGAGGGCUUUUACCCAAAUGACAAGCUGUUUGUUUGUUCUUGAUGUAAUAUGGCAUCAACUAGUAGGAUGCCACUCAACAUGUCAACAAAGCGAUUACUCCUCUCUUUGAUCCGGCAACCCCCUCUGCUCUGUGAUGAUUUUGUCUGUCACGGAUCACGCCUCUAUGCUCCCUGCUUUACGUUUCACAACGGUCCAUUUACCUGUGCCAAGCCAAAUGCCCUUACGACAGUGUACACAGUAAAACCAGUUGAUGAACUCAGAGCGUAUUCUCUGCUCUCGUUUUGUGCCUUGUAAAACUACAGGAGCGAUAGACCUGCUAAACAGACCUGACCUCCAGCAGAUCGUUAUCUUGCUGGGGAGCAGUGAACAGUGUAAUGGCAGGUUACAAUAUUUCAUUUGGAGUCUCAUCUCUCAGCAGAACCCAGGGCAAGGCUUUUAGUGGGAUUUCUGGAUGGAGGUGAGAGAGAUAAAGAUCAACUCCGGCGUAAUCUCACAUGACAGCGUGAUGAAAAACUGCCAAAUCGGAGGGUGUGGACCUUGAGGGGACCAGGUACUGCAGCAUAGUCCUCUGAGGGUUUAGGGAAGAAAGCAGGAAGAGCAAAGAGUUUUCAUCCCAUCUUAACAGCUACUCCACCACAGACAAUAAGGCCUGCUAUUAACCACGAGGCUAGCUUGAGGAGUAGGAUCAUGCCUCUGUUAACACAGUAAGCAUUGAUGCACACACACACGCACACACACACACACACACACACACACACACACACACACACACACACACACACACACACACACACACACACACACACACACACUGCCGUUAUCAAAGCCUUCAAAUGAUAUAUACAAUUUAAUUGAAACAGUAAAAAUCUAUAUUUUUAAAAACUUCAAUAACAUUUACAUUUUAGUCAUUUAGCAGACGCUCUUAUUCAGAGCGACUUACAGUUAGUGAGUGCAUACAUUUUUCAUACUGGCCCCCCGUGGUUAUCGAACCCACAACCCUGCCGUUGCGAGCACCAUGCUCUACCAACUGAGCUACAGGAGGGCCAUUACAUUAUCGAUACCGUAUGAUAAACAGGCAUGUGUGUAUCAAAUGCUACCAGCCUAUUCUUGAUCUAUUAUUAGGAAGUAUUUCUUCUGUAAUGACUACCACAAGCACAUGUGCCAGUCCGAGCAUUCCAAUUGUGCUUGUCAAGAGUAUCAGUGUGCUUUAGCAUGGACAGAGUGCACUCUCCCUGCCACACAAAUGGUUUAUUUGUAGACUAUUGACCGGACAUUUGCGCUUGUCAACAAUGUGUCAGAUCUGGGCUCAGGAAGCUGGCUCAGUUGUCAGUGGAAAGUCAUCAUGAGGUCUGAUUUUUCCCUUCUGACAAGCAUCCAAAAGACACAGCUGUCACAACUCUCAAGACAACCUCAAGCUCUGCAUUGACAGGAGAUUUCCUGAAGAAUGUGAAAGAAACCAAGAUGUUUUCUUCCUUGCUUUUCAAUCAAUCUUCUCAUUUAAAGUGAAAGGAAGCAAUUACUCACUUGGACUCAUUAUGUUAUGAUAUUUCUGUGUAUUUUGUAUUAUUCCAUAAUAAUACCAAUAUAUUUCUGAAAUAUAAAUAUAUCUAUUAAAAUGUAACAAAGAGAUUAAUAUGCCAUUUAAUAAAAAACUAGUUAUUUAGGACAUCUGCACAGGUCCCCUCAGUUUGUCACAAUCUCAACAUCAAAGACAGAGCUAAUAUAGGAGAGAAACAGGAAGAGAGAGAAAGAGAAAAGAGAGAGAGCAUUGUGGAGGGAAGGAGGCAUCAUGUCCAGACAGCAGCAGCAGCAGCGAUUCUCCGAGGUGGAUGAUUAGUGAUGAGCUCAGUGCCCUGCGAUGAUGUCAUGUAUGAUGUCAUGUAUACAGGGACGAGCCUCAGGCUCUGUCUGAGAGAGAGGGGGAUGUAUGGCAGGGGCAGGCUGCAACGCGUAACCUCCCUCCUCUUUCCCCCCCAUGUGCCUGAACACAUGCUCAAUUACCUCCCAGACCAACCAACCCCUGUCACACCAGCUCCCAUAACUGCAGAACAUUACUGAAAAUGUCAGAGAAAGGGGAUACAAAUUUAGGACCACGGUCUGCCUGGUGUAUCCUCUCAGUUGUACGUGUAGGGUUUGAAUAAUAUAUAUUGUUUAUGAGUUGAUGGAGAGAUAAGAGAGGCAGAUCCACCACAGGCAGUGAGGAACACAUAAGGGGAAAGGGUAUGCUGUGUGUGUAAUGUGACAGCAUAAUGUCCUCUCUCCUCCGUCGUUGGAUUUGAUCUCUCUCUCUAUCUUCUUCCUCAGCACAUCCCUCUCUCCUGCCACAUAGCAGACAGAGCAUUAGUUUCUAUGUCAGUCUUAGUUCACUUGUAAAUUAUUCCAUGGGGAUCUGCUGUUUAUUUGAAGCCAUAAGGUUUUUUCCACCAGAUAUUAUGUUUAUGCUGGAGCGCCGUCCUUGGUCUUGGCUCCAGUGGGUUACUUUUUAUUGAUUCUGGCGUCUCGCUGAUUCUGUCUGCGUAGAUAAAGAGAGGGGGGGGGGGGGGGGAGCAAGACGAGAGAAAGAGGAAUCAUGAGGGAGAGAGUUAAACGGCGAGGGGCAUAGUCACUUUGGAUUUACAGCCCUGUGUGUGUGUGUGUUUGUGUGUGUGUGUGUGUGUGUGUGUUCGGAGUGGCAGAGAGACAUAAUUUAUCUGGCUCAGGAACAAUAAUGAUUCAAUUGGUGGUUCAGAGUAGCAGAGUCAUUAGGAUCAGAACCACUUUUAAUGGUAAAAAAAGUCGCUAUUAAAAAAGUCUAAGUGAUUAUUACAGGCCUAUAAAAACUACCAUCCAUGGUGAUGCAUACAGUAGCAAAUAAAACCACUACUAAAAAUAAGAUUAGUAUUUAUUGCUCUGCAUUUUACCUCUGAUCUAUCUCUUUUUGCUCUUUUAGGAUCCUCCUCACUGCGGGCCUACCCCCUCCUCUCAGUCAUCACGCGGCAGCCCCCCAACAUGCCCCCUCACCUCUCCCAACCCUCCUCCCCCGGCCGGGUUCCCCUCUUGCCCCUGCUCUCCCCCCAGCACCGCUCCCGGGUCUCCGAGCCCUCCCCCAGCGAGACACCCGUCAGCAUCAGCAGCGAGUCAGACACGGAGCACAGCAGCCCCCGACUGAAGAAGCCCAGACGCAGCCGCACCAUCUUCACUGAGCUGCAACUCAUGGGCCUGGAGAAGAAGUUCCAGAAACAGAAGUACCUCUCCACCCCUGAUAGGUCCGUAAAGUAUUGCAUCUCGCCUCUGAUGGGCCAAAAUGAAGGCACCCCAUAGUCUGAUUGGUUACUUGAAAGAAGCUACCUCCUGAUAGAUCAGUAUUAUAUUAUCUCUCAAAUGUCAUAUCGUAUUUCAUCCGGUGACACUCAAAUUGGUGAAAAUGUGAAAUUCUGUGAAAGCAACCAAACUUAAAAAAACAUCAAACAAAUGCAAUAGCUGACUAGAGUUUCAGCAUCAACAUCAUAACAUUUUGAUUUAUGUCCUCGGUAAUGUGUCAUGUAAUGUUAAGUUCUCUAAUCCAGGCAUUACCUCAGCAUUCUAGUUGAGACAAGAGUAACGUUUAACCCUAAACUCUUGAAUAGCAAAAAGCCUCAACAAAGAAACACUGCUCUAUUCAAGAAACAAGGUUCUGGGAUCUGCCAACACAAGCAAACAGAAAUGUAUUGCAUUGAUUUACUGCCAAUCAUCUAAUAUAUGCACAGGUGUAUAUAAAAUGCCUUUAGCUCUAUACACUGUAUUUAGAUGAGGUAAUAUUAAUGUUAAUAUCCAUGUCGUAGGUUCUAGUCCCUGGGUCAUUUUCGAGACCUGAAAUACGGGCAUAACACAUUUUCCAUUUUAUUUUAAACUCCACUUGGCCUACCGGACGUAUUUCCAUUAUAACCCAAGUUAAUAUUGAGCCAUAAACCUCAGAUUUUCCUUUGGUCGAGCAACAAGAACACCAGACAGCUGUAAACCUCAGCAACACAGCUUGUUCAGAGCGAGAAGAUAAAUUAUUAUUUUACUAAAACUCAACAGCCACAAAAUGCUUUGAAAAUUGUCAGUUAUUUUUAAUAUUGUUGUAGAUUUGUACUAAAAAGUCACCACUGUAUUUACCAGAACUUUACCAUUUAAAAACCUGUGUGUUCCUUCUCCUUGGCCCUGAAGAAUCUCAAAAAUAAUUGGGAGAGGAUGUUUGUUAUUAGCACUGUCUAUAGAUGGGUUGGUGAUUUAGCCACAAAUCUGCCACACGCGCAACAAUGAGGCAAAGCAGACAGGGUUGGCUUAGAUUGUUGAGAACAUGUCAACUAUAUUUCAUCUCCAAUGUUUAUUGAAAAGAUAAAUACAUUUGUACAAUGAGCACUUGUUGUCUCUCAAAUACAUUGUUACAGUUGUUGAUUAGCUAGCUAGCGAAUUUUAGCCAUAUUAGCAUAGACUUGACAUCAGUAAAAACACCUCAAAACAAGACAUGGUAUCAAGAACAAGUUGAAACUAGCUGAAACGAGACACCUACGAUUCUCCACAUGGCAGCUUCUUGUUAUUUUUGCUAGCUAUCUGGCCAUCCAGAAUCACAACAACACACAACGUUCUGCCCCAUUGAAGUGCGGCCAUUAUUGUCGUGACGCUGUCAGCUAACCUGUAUAUACACAUCCCAUCCCUGGGGAAAACCCCCACAAUGCAUCUCUUCUUCAAUGCAAAUCACACUUCUCUGUUCUAGCCAAUGAGCUACACCACGCCUCCCCUGUGAACUCCCAGGAAGGCUGAGGUAGACUACAACAGCCCAGCCACGAUCCAAACGACCCACCCUGCCCUCACUGCCAAAUCAUGCCAUUAAUCACAUUCCCACUGGCUGUGAUUAACUAAUUAAACCCACAGCUGGAUGGAAAACAUAAACAGAGAAAAUACCAUUUCAAAGCCCACAUCACAAGUGUGGCGUGCUCCCCAGUUCACUUUGUUAUGAUCCAAAGAUAACUCCUUGUCUCUGCUUUUUUUAUUUUGCUAUUUGUUGGCUUGGAGACACUGUGGUUUUUGACUGAAACAGUGCUCUGAGGAAAACAGCAUAUAAAAAGUCCCCCAAUACCACAAAACAGACUGUAAUAAUUUAAAUCAUUAGGCAAUAGUGAUUUUAUUUAAUUGAGAUUAGUAUAAUCAGCAUCAUCAUCAUUAUCAUUAUGCAUUAAGCUGCAACUAAAAUCCCCCCUGAUACAGGUUAGAGACUUGAACAGCAAACCGAGGACUUCUAAGUGCCUCCAGCAGAGUCAUUCAUACAGUACUGUAUGGCAGCCUGUCGCUGUAAGUGUGUGGUUUCCUUCCAUAGAAGACUAAUGACCAUAAAUAACUGGGGUGCUUUCGUCUCCUGCAAUUACUUUCCUUGCCUCCAGUCCCUCCACUGGGCAGUUUGACAGUCAAGCAUGAUGGACAGCUUGAUUGCCUGUAUUUCUGGUGUAGAGUGGGUUUUUCAAAGUAUGCACACACACUUUUCUUCUGCACUCAAUCACUGAGACCGUGCGGCUGUCUAUACUGUCUACAGUUGUAUGGACUGGAGUUCCCUCUAUGUAAUACAUACAAAAAUAAAUUAAAAAAAUAAAAAUAAAAUAAUAUAUGUAUAUUUCCAUUUACUACUUUCCAACCCCACCACCCCUUCCCAUGUCUCCCUAGUGGCGCAGUGGUCUAAGGCACUGCAUCGCAGUGCUAGCUGUGCCACUAGAGACAAUCUGUCGUAGCCGGCCGCGACCGGGAGACCCAUGCGACGGCGUACAAUUGGCCCAGCGUCGUCCACGUUAGGGGAGGGAUUGGCCGGCAGGGAUGUAGCUCAGUUGGUAGAGCAUGGCGUUUGCAACGCCAGGGUUGUGGGUUCGAUUCCCACGGGGGGCCAGUAUGAAAAAAAAUAAUGAAUGCACUCACUAACUGUAAGUCGCUCUGGAUAAGAGCGUCUGCUAAAUGACUAAAAUGUAAUUGGAGUAAACUAGUGAACAACAAUGCUUAGGCCUCUACUUCCAGCUUAUACUAUAUACAUUUUAUGGACACAGUCAAUUUUACAAUAAUUCUAUUUUGUUUGUUUUUACUUCUGAACUUCCUCUACCCUCAACCUCUCCGAUCAUUUUCAUGAUGUCCAUCCGGUUUGCUUCUACAGUGGGGAGAACAAGUAUUUGAUACACUGCCGAUUUUGCAGGUUUUCCUACUUACAAAGCAUGUAGAGGUCUGUAAUUUUUAUCAUAGGUACACUUCAACUGUGAGAGACGGAAUCUAAAACAAACAUCCAGAAAAUCACAUUGUAUGAUUUUUAAGUAAUUAAUUUGCAUUUUAUUGCAUGACAUAAGUAUUUGAUCACCUACCAACCAGUAAGAAUUCCGACUCUCAGAGACCUGUUAGUUUUUCUUUAAGAAGCCCUCCUGUUCUCCACUCAUUACCUGUAUUAACUGCACCUGUUUGAACUCGUUACCUGUAUAAAAGACACCUGUCCACACACUCAAUCAAACAGACACCAACCUCUCCACAAUGGCCAAGACCAGAGAGCUGUGUAAGGACAUCAGGGAUAAAAUUGUAGACCUGCACAAGGUUGGGAUGGGCUACAGGACAAUAGGCAAGCAGCUUGGUGAGAAGGCAACAACUGUUGGCGCAAUUAUUAGAAAAUGGAUGAAGUUCAAGAUGACGGUCAAUCACCCUCGGUCUGGGGCUCCAUGCAAGAUCUCACCUCGUGGGGCAUCAAUGAUCAUGAGGAAGAUGAGGGAUCAGCCCAGAACUACACGGCAGGACCUGGUCAAUGACCUGAAGAGAGCUGGGACUACAGUCUCAAAGAAAACCAUUAGUAACACACUACUCCGUCAUGGAUUAAAAUCCUGCAGCGCACGCAAGGUCCUGCCGUGUAAUUAGCUUAGUGGUUAAGAGCGUUGUGCCAGUAACCGAAAGGUCGCUGGUUCUAAUCCCCGAGCCGACUAGGUGAAAUAUCUGUCGAUGUGCCCUUGAGCAAGGCACUUAACCCUAAUUGCUCCUGUAAGUCGCUCUGGUUAAGAGCGUCUGCUAAAUGACUAAAAUGAAAAAAUGUAAAUGUCCCCCUGCUCAAGCCAGCACAUGUCCAGGCCCGUCUGAAGUUUGCCAAUGACCAUCUGGAUGAUCCAGAGGAGGAAUGGGAGAAGGUCAUGUGGUCUGAUGAGACAAAAAUAGAGCUUUUUGGUCUAAACUCCACUCGCCGUGUUUGGAGGAAGAAGAAGGAUGAGUACAAUCCCAAGAACACCAUCCCAACCGUGAAGCAUGGAGGUGGAAACAUCAUUCUUUCGGGAUGCUUGUCUGCAAAGGGGACAGGACGACUGCACCGUAUUGAAUAUUAAGUUCUGCUUUUCUGAUGUAUCAAAUACUUAUGUCAUGCAAUAAAAUGCAAAUUAAUUACUUAAAAAUCAUACAAUGUGAUUUUCUGGAUUUUUGUUUUAGAUUCUGUCUCUCACAGUUGAAGUGUACCUAUGAUAAAAAUUACAGACCUCUACAUGCUUUGUAAGUAGGAAAACCUGCAAAAUCAACAGUGUAUCAAAUACUUGAUCUCCCCACUGUAUAUGCCAUAUCUUUCUAACUGUGCUCUUUCACAAAAGAUCUCAACCUAUAACCUAUAUACUUAUUAUGGACACAGUAUGCUUACAUUAUUAGUUAUCUUGUUGUUAUUAGUUGUUGUUAGUUGUUAUUAGUCCCAUCCUUCAACUCCAUUCGACACCACCCAUCUAUCUCUUAACAUAAUCCAUAUUGGGUUUCUAUUAGCCAUAUAUUUUUCAACUGUACUGUGAUGUUUUACAAAAGUUCUGAACCUUUCUAUUCUCAUUGUUUCUACAGGUUGUAAAUUGAAAAUAAACAUUUUUGCUAAAAGUAUUAUUAUAUUAUUGAUCGAUUGACUAUGACUUUUCAGAUCACCCAAUAAUGCUAUCGGCAGGGUUAGCUCCAGGUAAAUAUUGCAAUCCUUUAGCCAUUCCUGGACCUGUGUCCAAAAACAAGCUAUAAAUGGACAGUACCAAAACAAUUAUCUAAUGAUUCUGUCUCUUCACAGCAAAAUCUGCAGAGCUGGGAAGAUUGUAUCCCCCAUAUAAAUAACAUUAUAUUGGUAGCAAGAAUUGUAUAUAAUAAUUUAAAUUGAAAAAUUCUAAACUUUGAAACCGGCGUUGUUUUGCGUAUCAGUUCAUAAACACUAUGCCAUGGGAUCGGUACAUCAAAAAUCUCUUCCCAACUAUUUUUCAAUCUAUAUGGGAAGGCUGUCAAUCAUUUGGUCCUUAAAUGAAACUGGUAUACUUGUUUAUUUAUCACAGUUUUCUUUAACCAAUUAUGUUCUUUAAUGCAAGGCUGACAGACAAGUUCCUUACUUUUUCACCCCUCUACUUUCCUCUUCUAUUUUUGCGGUAAUGCUGCAAUUAUUUGGUUGUAAUUUUGGGUAGAGCAGACAUUUCCAUAUGUUUUUGUUAGCUGCAUGUGCAACAUAGCUCCACCAGUCCAACCGAUGAUAUCAUUUACGAAGAUUAUACCUUUUUUAAACAUUUUGUCCAAAAAAUAAGUUUGUUUUAUCAAUUAGUAUAUUUGAGUUUAACCACAAUAUUUGUUGCAUUAUUUGUUCUGUUGUUUCUGGAGGAUUAAAUUGAAAUUGCAACCAACUUUCUAUGGCUUGUUUUAGAAAUAGUGAUAUUUGGGAGAUGAUUUCCUUUUCAAAUAACUGAAAGUGAGAGGUUGUAAUCUGAAUAAAGGGAAAAAGGCCAUUCUUGAACAUUUGGUGAGACAAUCUUACUAAUUUACUAGAGAACUGGGGUGGCAGGUAGUUUGGUGGUUAAGAGCAUUGUGCCAGUAACCGAAAGGUUGCUGGUUCUUAUCCCCGAGCCGACUAGAUGAAAAAUCUGUCGAUGUGCCCUUGAGCAAGGCACUUAAUCCUAAUUGCUCUGGAUAAGAGCGUCUGCUAAAUAACAACAAAAAAAACAGUUUGGAUAUAAGUAUAAUUUUUGUAUGACUGAAGCUUUUAGUGAUAGGUCUAAUGCUUUAAUAUUUAAUAAUUUCUGUCCUCCGAAUUCAUAUUCAUUAUAUAAAUAGGCCCUUUUAAUUUUGUCUGGCUUGUCGUUCCAAAUAAAAUUGAAUAAUUUUUUCUCAUAUAAUUUAAAAAACUGUUCGCUAGACGUAGGCAAGACCAUAAGCAAAUAGGUAAACUGGGAUAAUACUAAAGUUAAUCAGGGUGAUUUUCCCACAAAUUGACAGGUAUUUACCUUUCCAUGGUAGCAAGAUCUUAUCUAUUUUUGCUAACUUUCUAUUAAAAUGUAUUGGAGUGAGAUCACUAACCUCCUGAGUGACGCAGUGGUCUAAGGCACUGCAUCGCAGUGCUAGCUGUGCCACUAGAGAUCCUGUUUCAAAUCCAGGCUCUGUCGUAGCCGGGAGACCCAUGGGGCGGCGCAAAAUUGGCCCAGGGUAGGGGAGGGAAUUGCUUGCAGGGAUGUAGCUCAGUUGGUAGAGCAUGGCAUUUGCAAUGCCAGGGUUGUUGGUUUGAUUCCCACGGGGGCCCAGUAUGAAAAAUGAAAAAUAAAUAAUGUAUGCACUAACUGUAAGUCGCUCUGGAUAAGAGCAUCUGCUAAAUGACUAAAAUCUAAUCAUUUAUUUCAUUUGGGAUAUGUAUUCUGAGUAUAUCCAUACUUUCAAAUCAGGUCAGAUAGAGAUGGUGAGAGGAGAGGGAAGGAGAGGACAGGAGAGAAGAUAGGACGAGUUGAAAAGAUUAGAGGGCAAGCUGAUGGCUCUGUAGUAGUCUCUCUCUCUCUCUUUACAUCAAAUGAAAGCCAGUUCCACUCAUUUGAGUGUGAAGGACAUAGAAUUGAGAUGUGGCGGAAAUCUCAUUUCAAAAACCUGAUAAAGCCCCCUCCCUCUGUAGGCUGAUCCGUCUUUCACUUCCUGGAAUAUCACAUUACACGCCAACCAAUAUCCUUAUUAGUCAUGGAUCAGAGCACAUGUGGUGGAAGUGUCCAGGAUUCCAUACCACCCUGAACAUCCAGAUACGGAUGCUUUGAUUGGAUCACUGAACUCCCUUACAGAUGUUCAAUAAGGGCUCUCCUGUAUGCUGCAGGUGUGAAGUCUCUCUCUGGACCAUAAGAGGGUGUAUCAAAGAGACUACAGUACUUUGAUCCACCAUGCCAGAAUGGGGUUAUAAAGUUAGGGUUAGGAUGCCAGCUAGUUUCCAAGGGGAACGCCAUCUAGAUGAUACAGUGUAUUUGGCUGAUGAUGGCAUGCAUUUCAGGGUAGGAUAGUCAACAGAUGAUUCAUUCAUUUUAGUUUGAUUACUCCCUCUCUUUGUAAAUCAAUUGUCUAUCUACUGCUGCUUUUUAUCUUAUAAAUAAUGAACUAAUGUUUCAAAAACAUGUACACUGAGUUGCCGUGUGUGCUGUAUGUCUUUGUUUCCCUGCAGACUAGACCUGGCCCAGUCUCUAGGCCUCACACAGCUUCAGGUGAAGACCUGGUACCAGAACAGAAGGAUGAAGUGGAAGAAAAUGGUGAGUGUGCCACACACCCAUAACAACAAUGACCCUGGGUCAGUGUAGAGAGAAGGAGUGAUAGGGGUGGAAAUGUCUGAGUUUGAGGGAUGAUGAGGGAUGAGGGGCUGGGAUACCAAAGUCUAGUCUAGUCAGGUCAGCAGCUCAGAGAAAAAAAAGUCUCAAACCGUUAACUCCCCCAGAUUAAUGACUGUACAUGGAGUGCUCAGAGCCAUACAUCUUCCCUUAAUUACUAUAUUAGCCAUGGUUGCCUUUGACCGCUGCCAGCAUUUAUCACAACCCCACUGAGCCGUGUGUCUGUGUUUGUGUGGGAUGUUGCUCCAGGUGCUGAAGGGAGGACAGGAGGCCCCCACCAAGCCCAAGGGCAGGCCCAAGAAGAACUCCAUCCCCACCACUGAGGAGAUUGAGGCAGAGGAAAGGCUGGCCAGGCUGGCUGAGGAGGAGAGGAUGAGGAUGGCAGCCGGAGAGGCCUUGGCCCACGGAGAAGCUCCCCAGUCGGAACCCCAGGACCUCAGCAAGGUCACUGGGGCAACAGAGACCCACAAUCCCAUGGCGGUGAGCGAGGGUCGAGAGCAGCGAGAGCAGCCACUCCCGAUGCAGUCAAAGACACAUGCCGCCAGCUAAAUAAGACAGUUAUUAAUGUCUGAAUGAAACAACUUAAGACUGGUGCUGACUGGAAAACAGAAACACUUACUGUAGUGCCUCAGGAUCACUGAAAAAGCCUGUCUGGUGUUGAUUAGUCAGUCGUGUUUGAGGUUGGACUGGACUGGGUGACAUUCAUAGGUACGGUAGAUCAUUUGGGUUUUGCCAUAUACUGGAAUAAAAAGAGUUUACAUGUAGAGUCAGGCAUAUACACAGAAAUGAAAAAUCCAGAAUUGUACAGUGCAUUUUGUCCCUGUGUUGUUUUCUUUCUAGAACAACAGUGUCACCUCCCCAGCCUCAGACCUGCUUGUUCUACUGCGAGAGGACUCCUUUAGUCGCACGCUGUCCAGUUUGCCUGAGUAUUGUAGCUAUAACAUAACAUAAAAUGACCACACUGGUCAUGGUGCCUUUUUCUCUCAGAGGAUAUCACAAGCUUUACCAGUCUAGAAACACCAAGGUUUAUUAAUACCAAAUUAAGUGUUAUUUUACAGUGUUUGACUUUUGCUUAUUCAAAAUAAUAAUAUUGAAUAAUUACUAUAUGCUCUGAAUUACAGUUGACACUGCCAUUGUACCUAUUCUAUCCAGCUUUGAAUGGAAUUGUAUUUCUGUCCCAGAGCCACAGCAUCGUCUUGUUUAAUUGGUCAAUUAACUUAUGUUGUGUUCCUUUUGCAUUUGAUAUGUUUCCAAAACAAUAUAUUUCAAUUUGUAUCUAUGAACACAUUCACUGUAACAUACUGUAGUAAUAUUCUGGAAAGAAAAAUAUAUGUUAGAUAAUGAUAUAUAUACAGUAUAUGUAAAGUAU